AUGAGGUUCUCUCUUUUCGUGACCGGCUUCGUGGCCUCCCUCGCUUCUGCGGCCCCAAGCAAGAAGCGACAAGCUACUGCCGCCCCAGUAUUCACAGCCAAGACUUUUGCUGAUCUAUCUAUUGCUGGUGGCACGGCUGGCGACGCGGCGGCAGAAGCUCAGCAGGCCCUCGCUGGCCUCCCCGCCGACCUGUCCACCGUCGCCCCGGAGGACGUCGAAUUCCUGAGCGCCGUCAACUCCAUCGCCAACGAUGCCGAGAUCGCCGGCUUCAACACCGAGAUUGCCGCCUCGGCGCCGGGCGAGGACGCGCUCGCCCUCGGCCGAGGCAAGAUCAAGAACAAGGUCCUCAAGCUGACGGCCACCACGAUGAAGCUGGCCAUCGAGGACGCCCAGGGCCAGGACGUCGCCGCCGAGAUGGCCGAGGAGCAGGCCAAGCUGGACAAGAACAUCGCCGACGAUGCUGCUGAGGCCGGCGCCGCGUCCACCGACGUCCAGUUCGACGCCUCCACCGACAACCCUGAUGCUUCUGAAGUCGCCAAGGACGACGCUCUCGCCGACCAGGCAUCUGCCGUGCUUGACCAGUCCAAGGAGGCCGCCGGAGGCGCUGAUGCUGGAGCUGCUGCUGCUGAUGGCGGCGAUGCUGAGGCUGCUGACGCCCAGGCUGGCGAUGCUGAAGCUGGAGACGCGCAAGCCGAAAAUGCCCAGGCUGAAGACGCCCAGAACGAAGACGCCCAGAACAACGCCCAGAACGAAGAUGCCCAGAACGAAGAUGCCCAGGCUGAAGAUGCCCAGGCCGAAGACGCCCAGAACAACGCUCAAAAUGAAGAUGCCCAGAACGAAGAUGCCCAAGCUGAAGAUGCGCAGGCUGAAGAUGCCCAAGCCGAAGACGCUCAGAAUAACAAUGCCCAGGAUGGAGCGGCUGCCGACGACGAGGCUGCUGCCGAUGACGAGGCCGCUGCCGACGAUGAGGCCGCUGCGGAUGAUGAAGCCGCCGCCGGUGGCAAGAACGCACAGAAUGGAGCAGCUGCUGAUGAAGAGGCAGCUGCCGGAAACGAGGCCAACGCCGAGGAUGAGAAUGCGCAAGAUGAAGCAGCUGCUGACGAUGAGGCCAGUGCGGAGGACGAGAACGCUCAGGAUGGAGCGGCUGCAGAGGACGAGGCUGCUGCUGAGGAUGCUGCUGGCGCCAAGAACGCGGGCAGCCAGAACGAGUCCAACGCAGAGGACGAGGACGAGAACUAG